GGCACCGGGUAGACCCUGGGCGAUGGGAACAAGCUCUGAGGAUUUGUCUAGAAAGUUUGUCUGGCGGCUGUGGGCAGAUACAGUUUGGCAGCUUGAGCUGAAUGUCGAUGUUUGUUGCCGUAAGAGGCUGGGGCUGCGUUCUUUAAACUGGGAGCAGGCUCGGGAACUGAACUCAGUUUGAAUGUGCCUCCCUCUGCCCAUCAGAAAGGAGAGCCGGGCUGCUCCCAUUUAAGAUGUAACAAUGGCGUUGGUGCUCACACGCUGGCUGCUCUUUGCUCUGUUCUGCCAUGGGCCGGGAGACAGCAACCUUUACUGGGACCGCAGCGGCUACUCGGAGGAGCUGCACCAAUUGCCUCACCCUCUGCUGUAUUUCAGCUCCCGGGAUGUGAGCACCCUGCGCCAGAAGUCCCACACCAGCCACUCAUCCAUCAGCCGGGCUAUCCGGAACGCUGUGAGGAUCAUGCUGUCCAAAUCCUCCCUCUACCUGCCCCCCAGCGACCACCUCAGCUUCUCCUCCAAGUGGAAUGAAGUCUAUGGCAACAACCUGGGGGUGCUGAGCCUCUACUGCCUGCUCUUCCCCGACGACCGGUCAGCCUUGGACUUCACCCUGGACUACCUGGACAGGAUGGCCGGGUACCCUCGUUGGCAGGUCCGGGUGGCACCCAACGACGAAGUGCCCGUGGCUCACUCUUUGACCGGCUUCGUGACCGCCUUCGACUUCCUCUACCCGUUCCUGGACGCGCCCAGGCGACAGGGCUACCUGGAGAAGAUCCACAGUGUCACCAAGGAGCUCUACGAGUUUUCCAAGUACAGGGCUUGGGGCAAACACUACCUGCACAAUCACCAGGCCACCAACAUCCUGGCUGUGCUGAUGGGUGCCCUGGUGCUGACCCCUCACGAACCCCAGACCGCCCUGCUCUGUAAGCAAAUCGCCAUCGACAUCAUGGAGAAGACCAUCUUCCUGCUCGACCACAUUGUCGAUGGCUCCUUGGAUGAAGGGGUGGCUUAUGGCAGCUACACUUCCAAAUCCAUCACCCAGUAUAUCUUCCUGGCACUGCGGCAUUUCCAUCUGAACCACACUGACAGCCCUUGGUUGAAGCAGCACUUCUGGUUUUACUACGCCACACUGUUGCCUGGGUUCCAGAGGAGCGUGGGCAUCGCCGACUCCAACUACAACUGGUUCUAUGGGCCAGAGAGCCAGCUAGUUUUCCUGGACAGGUUUGUGCUGAGGAACGGCAGCGGCAACUGGCUGGCCAAGCAGAUUCGGAAGCACCGGCCCAAAGAUGGCCCGAUGGAGCCCUCCAGCGCCCACAGGUGGUGUACCCUCCACACGGAAUACAUCUGGUACGACCCCGAGCUAACCCCACAGCCCCCGGCUGACUACGGCAUCCCCAAGCUGCACAUCUUCUCCAACUGGGGGGUCAUCACCUAUGGAGGGGGCUUACCCAACAACUUGGGGAACACCUUCUUGUCUUUCAAAUCGGGGAAGCUAGGCGGGCGUGCGGUGUACGAGAUCGUCCACGAGAAUUCUUACUCCUGGAUUGAUGGCUGGAAGAACUUUAACCCAGGACACGAACAUCCAGAUCAAAACUCCUUUACCUUUGCCCCCAACGGGCAGGUUUUUGUGUCCGAGGCUCUCUACGGUCCGAAAUACAGCUACUUGAACAAUGUGCUGGUUUUCGCCCCAUCGCCGAGCAGUCAAUGCAACCAACCCUGGGAGGGUCAGCUGGGUGAGUGCGGCCAGUGGCUCAACUGGAUGGCGGACGAGGCUGGGAGGUCAGCAGGGGAGCUGGUAACUGCGACGCAGCAUGGCGAGAUGUUGUUCGUCAGCGGCGAGGCCGUGGCUGCCUACUCGUCGGCCAUGCGGCUCGGCAGUGUGUACCGAGCCCUGCUGCUCCUCAACCCGCAGGUCCUGCUGGUGGUCGACCACAUCGAGAGGCGCGAGGACUCCCCCGUCAACCUGGUCAGCGCCUUCUUCCACAACCUGGACAUCGACUUCAAGUACGUCCCUUACCAAACCGCUGGCCAGCUGAACGGAGCCAUGAUGGACGUCUGGGACGCUCAGUACAAGAUGUUUUGGUUCGAUCACCGCGGCAACAGCCCGGACCCCCGGAUACAGGAGGCAGAACAGGCUGCCGAGUUCAAGAAGAGAUGGACCCAAUUUGUCAACGUGACCUUUGCCCUUGGAGAGCACGUCACCAGAAUCGCCUACGUGUUCCACGGUCCGUAUGUCAGAAUAUCCAACUGCCGGUUCGUUGAUGACAGCAGACGUGGGCUGAAGGUCACACUGAAUGUUAACGAUACAGAGACAGUCGUGUCUGUGGUGACUCAGUAUACUGACCCCACCGCCCGGUUCACUUAUUUAGGGUUUGGGGGCUAUGCGAAGGUGGAGGAUGCUAAUCAGGUCACAAGGUUUGGUUUUGGGACCACCGCUUUGCAGAGUCCAAGGAGAAUCACCACCAGCUUCUUUCACUUUGGGCUGACGGUGAAAGUACUCAUGGCCAUCGCCUUAUGCCUCGGCCUGGUCCUGCUGGCUGCCCACUGGAAGCUCUACAUCUCUUUCAGCAAGCUGCUACGCUUCACCUUGCUGAUGAUCAUCACGCUGUGGUUCAUGGAGCUGGUGGCCCUGUGGAGCACAUGCACGCAGCCCAUGUGCGGCAUGAACUGGAACAGGAACGAAGCCAACGGGGACGCAGACGACCACUCAAAGCAGUGGGACGAGAGCCUCAGCAAAAUGUCGCCCGUCGUCAUCACAUCGCUCCCAGGCUCCGGCGCAGAAAUCCUCAAGCACCUCUUUGUCAACAGCACGGACUUCAUCUACAUCAGGGUGCCCACCGAGCACCUCGACAUCCCCGAGAUGGAGUUUGAGUUUGACUCCUUCGUCGACGCUUGUGAGUGGAAGGUCUCGGACGUCAGGGCUGGCCGCUACCGCCUGGUCCAGGGCUGGCUCCAGUCCCUGGUGCACAAUGCAAAGCUCCACCUGCAGAAUAUUCAGCUGCACACUGGCAGCAGGGUCCCGGCUCCCAUGGAAAAACCCAGCGGGGUCAAGAAGAGGAAGUCCAGGAGAAAAGCCUCCUCGAUGGAUCAGAACAUAAAGUACAAGGAAAACGUGGAGAAGGACACGGAAUAUAUCAAAGGGCUGAGGAGGCACCUUGCUUCCUACCCCAACGCACGCGUGGUCCUCAGCUUAAGCAGCGGGAGUUGGACACUGAAGCUUCCAUUUGUACAGGGAGUUAUAGGGCCUUCAAUGAGGGCUUUGUACAUGGUGAGGGACCCACGGGCAUGGAUCUAUUCAUUGCUCUAUAACAGCAAACCCAGUGUUUAUUCCCUAAGAAAUGUGCCCCAGCAUUUAGCCAUGCUAUUUACAGAAGACAACAAUAAGGGAAAGUGCAAUUUGGACUCUGGGUAUGCUUAUGAGUACGAGCUGCUUCGGAGGCAGUUUUCAGCACCAGCCAAAGACACGGUGUCCCUCUUGGCUCACCUGUGGCUGGCCAACACCAGGGCAACAUUGAGGGUAAACAAGAAACUGCCGCCUGCCAACUACCAACUGCUGAAGUUUGAAGACAUUGUCAACUUCCCUCAGGAAACGGCCGAGAAGAUCUAUCUCUUUCUGGGCUUUACCCUCCCCCCUGCUGUGUUAAACAGGGUACUUUUUGCCACCUCAACCAACUUGUUCCACCUUCCGUUCGAGGGUGAGGUGUCACCCGGGAACCUUCACCUCUGGAGGGACAAAAUGCCUCAGAAGGACAUCAGGGUAAUUGAGGACAUCUGCUGGUCAGUGAUGACUCAGUUAGGGUACUCCAGGUUUACCAGCUGAGAGCCAUUCGCAUCAGGAGUUGCGAGAGCGCUGAUAACAUUUCGCCAUAAAAGUUGAACGAGCCUGGGAGCUUUGGGCGCGGAUGUAUCAUUUGAAAAAAUUUUAGGUCCAUCGAAGCAGAACGUAUUCCUGCUCUGCUCAGCUCUGCUCCAGAAAUAAUUGUUACCAGGGGUUCCCGCACGGUCCAGCAAAGAGACAUAUUGGGAAUGUGGGACAGCGUGGGGGAUUUUUCAGUGAACGGGGAAAGACAGGGAACGAGGAAUACUUUGGGAGGAGGGAUAGAGAAGUAACUUGAGGCAUUCACUGAUGCUGCAAUAAGAGUUAAUCACACAAGCCAGCAUUCAGGAAUGUGUUCUUUAACUGAGCUCAUUAAGUGAUAAUGAGCUGCAGAUGCUGUUUCUUCUCUCCAUGGUUGAUUCCCAUGCUCCUGGGCUGCACACCGAUUACCAAAUAGUCUCGGAGAGAGGCCUGCCUCAGUCAGUCCUGAAGAGAGAGAGACAGAGAGAAAUAUACAACCAGAAAAAACAAUAUCUAGCUCAUGUGGGACUUUUACUGUCUUCCACAGUGCUUAAAAUUUAUAACUUAUAAGAACAGCACAUCAAGAUGUACCAUGGGAAUGCUUUGCAAAAUUUAUGGAACCUAUAAAUUGUGGUUUCCAAACCGAAUCAAAACAUCUGCCAAUUUUAUGAGUCUUCUCCUGAACUAUAAUGGAUGGAGAGACACCAUUGGGCAAGUACUUUGUCAGGCAGAGGUCACUCUUUUCAGGUGCACUUGACAGCAUAAAUAUGAUUAAUCGAUGGGGCAGGCACCGCUUUCUGGAAUUUGGAAGCUGUUGGGCUGUUGUGCAUUCCUGUAAGCAGUAAAUUGCAAAGUCAUUUGUCUCUCAACAGUAAUGCUAUGUUAGCCCCAGUGUGAUAGUGAAUAGACAAGUGACUGCAAUGGGAAGAAGGGGCUAGGCUAUUUAACUUCUUUCCUUCAGUUUCCCUGCCCCUCAUAGUGGCAUUAAGGAAGGGGAAGGGGAGUGGAGCAUUGAGGUAAAGGCCUUGACAGGUCAUUGGAAAACACUAGGAAAAUGCUUGGAAAAUACGAGCACAGGCAUGAUGGGCUGAAUAGCCCCUUUCCGCACUGUAAGAUUCUGCGACUCUACCCAACUUCAAUGUGGUCAAACUGAUAAAAAGAAAUGCAGAUAAAAUCUAUUCAGGGAGCGUCAAGGGAUGGGUUAUUCAGGUGCACUAUGCAAUGCUCUAGUUUGAAACUAAAAUGUGUUUACAGAGAUUGAUCUUUUAUUGGGCUGGAAGACUUGAGCCCAUGGAAACAGUUCGUCACAUUUUAACAAAGGAUCAAAGGGAAAAGAGAGUGUAUAACUGAACUGACCUACAUUGGUUGCUGACCUGGUAACUCUUUGAUUUUAAAGUUUCAUCGUUGUUUUCAAGUCCCUUCAUGGCUUAGGCCCUUCUAGCUUCCUGCAGCUCUCGUGAGAUCAUUGUGGUCCUCUAAUUCUGGCCCCUUUACUCAUCCCCAAUUUUAAUUGUUCCACUAUUGGUGGCAGUGCCUUCAGCUGCCAAAACCUUAAACUCCAGAAUUCCCUCCCUAAGCCUCUCUGGAUCUUUACCCCUCCUCCUUUAAGACGUCCCUUAAAACCUAUUUCUUUAACCAAGCUGCUGGCCACCCAUCCUAAUACCCCCUUAUGUGGCUCGGUGUCCGACUGUGUUAGUAAUGCUCCCGCCGUGUGCCCUGGGACAUUUUAGUACAAUUAGAAGAGAUAUAUAAAUGCCAGUUGUUGUACUGAAAGCUGAAAUUAAUCCAAGUUCCCAGGAGAUAAAAGCCAAGAGUUGUCUCACUAAUCCUAAAGGAAAACCCCGCAAUGCUGGAAAUGCAAAAUAAUGACUGCAUUUGCUGCAAAUACUCAGCAGAUCUGGCAGCAUCUGGACAGAGAAACAAAAACAACAUCCCAGGAAAGCAUACAGAGUUGUAAUGUAAAGUCUAUUUCUCUCCCCAGAUACUGCCUGAGCUGCUGAAUGCUUCUUCCAGCAUUUUCUGUAAUUAUUUACGUUUGUAGUGCCAGUUCAGUCACACUGGGAUACACUUAUGAGGUUCCAUUCCCGGCCUUUUGAGCGAAGACAACACUCGUUUAAGUUAAGAACAGAAAAUGCCGGAUACGCUCAGCAGGUCUGGCCGUGUCUGUGGGGAGGGAAACAGAGUUAAUGGUUCAAGUCUGCAGUCAGACCUGGAAAAAGUUAGAAAUGUAAUACGUUUUAAGCAAAUGAAAGCAGGGAGGGUGGGAAGAAGAACACAAGGGAAGGCCAGUGAUAGGUUGGAAGACAGGAGAGAUUAAAUGAUGAGUUCAUGGAGAAAGGCCAAAGGGAGUGUUAAUAGGACAGGCAAAGAAAACAAAAGAAGUGUCUAGAAGAGGUGCGAAUGACAGGGUCCUUGUUUAAAAAAAAAUGAUUUAAUGCAUUCACUAAGGCAUCAGAGAGAGGAAUUUCAGGCAAACAAGUUGAACAUCUGUAUGCUGAUGUUCUCCAGCAUAAUGUCAACGUUCAAGUAACUGUCACUCAAUCCGGACUGGACAACAAAAGCAUCUACCUGACUUUAAAAAAAAAUUCCCCUUGACCAGAGGUGACCUGCUCGGUAUGAAUUUGAACAAAGCUGGGCAGUCAACUGCUCCAUGCUGCAUGCUCCACGGCAACACCUCCACCAACCAGAGUCCACUUGCCAACCAAUCAGCACUCUGUUCUCGUGCAUCAUAAAUUGUGGUUCCCCCGUUGCAGUUUGGUAAACUCUUGUGCGCUAUCCUGAUGAGUGCAAGCCAAAAAGCUUAGACAGCAUGUCUUUUUUUUCAAGACCUGUACUACCAAACGACUAUAAAAAAAAUAUUAUUGU